CGACGCGUUUCUUCGCAUAUAUUUCCAGUCAAUCUCUGAACGCAUUCAAAGUGUUGACAAACUCUUCGGUCUUCAGAACAACGAAUUGCAGACCAAAUGGACGCCAAAACUCUGCGAGUGUUGGACUACGAGUUGGACUCAAUGGCCAAGAACUCGAAAGUCUUCGUUCGCGACAAAACCAAUUCAAACGUCUUCUUCUUGACGACGAGGAAUGCGUGCAAACAAGACGUCAAAAACCAAAUGAAAGCUUUGGAGACCAAAGAAGAGCGCAUUCGACCGAAAGAAGUCACCGAAAGACCGCUAAAUGCCAGACAAUAGGCUUUCAGUGCAUUAGAAAUACAUUGAAAAGCGAAUAAAAUCUCGAUUUCCACUCAAUUGUCGUUUCUUUAGUUUAAAUUCAUUUUCAGUUAAAUCUUUAAUUGAUUUCAAGUUUCCG